GGUCUCCGCUUCUUCCCUUUAAACCCACUCCCGCCAACACCAUACUGCACUUCCCUUUGUGUUUUCAUUUUGAAAUCGAAGAAGAUUCCAGAAGCAUGAGCGCUGUUAACAUCACCAACGUCACCGUCCUCGACAACCCUGCUUCCUUUCUUACCCCUUUUCAGUUCGAGAUUUCCUACGAGUGUUUGACCCCUCUCAAAGAUGAUUUGGAAUGGAAGCUCAUUUACGUUGGAUCUGCUGAGGAUGAGACGUAUGACCAAUUAUUAGAGAGUGUUCUUGUUGGUCCUGUCAAUGUUGGAAACUAUCGCUUUGUUUUACAGGCAGAUCCACCAGAUCCUUCAAAGAUUCGUGAAGAAGAUAUAAUUGGUGUCACAGUGCUUCUGUUGACUUGCUCUUAUCUAGGUCAGGAAUUUAUUCGUGUUGGAUAUUACGUGAACAAUGAUUAUGAUGAUGAGCAGCUGAGAGAGGAACCUCCACCAAAGGUUUUAAUUGAUAGGGUUCAAAGGAACAUUUUAACUGAUAAGCCAAGGGUCACAAAGUUCCCCAUCAAUUUUCACCCUGAGAACAAUGAAAAUGAAGAGCAACCCCCUUCAUCUGAACACCCAUCUGAAACUGGAGAAGAUCCACAUGCUUUAGUUGAUCGUGAUCCCCCAGAUGAGAAGGAAUCUUAACAUUUUGUAGGUAUACUUACCUUUUCAAUUCCUAAAUCUUCAAUGUUACAUUUACUGUAUGAACUUUGAUGCCAUUUUUGUGAAUCUCUUUUCGAUGAUGUGAAUGAGAUUUCUGAGUUCUUUUGGGAAAGUAUGGGCCAUGAAGCACCAGGUUCAACAUGAUUGUAAUGUGUGAAAACUAGUUUUUCUAUCUAUGAAGCUUUUCAAUGCAAAGUUGCAAACCCAAUUUUAUUGAUUAUUACAUUGUUUCAUAAAUCAUAAUCUUCAUGAUUUGUAAUAGCAAAGAGGCUUCACUAUAAGCUUGAGGUCGUUCU